AGCAAAUCAAGCAACAAAUCGCGUGAUAUAAACCGCAGCUGAACUCCGUUAUGUUUUGGUUCCGCUUUCGUUUCUUAGCUUUAGCUAAAGUUGUCGGUCCCGGUGACAGCGGCUGAGGUCGACCAGCGUCCGCUGAAGUUGAGUCCUGGUUCACUGUCCACCAGUUGGUGGCGGUAGUGCGCCAUUUUGUCGUUUACAACUGCCAAUAAAAACGAGGACGAAGUAGAAGAAGACUUGGCCACUGAAACGUAGCGUCAAGUUGAUCGAGUUGCAUAUUUGUGGUCAGGAAAAUGAGCCGAAGUUAUAACGAUGAGCUGCAGUACCUAGAAAAACUCAACAGCAACAGCUGGAGGAUUAAGAAGGGCUUCGUCCCAAACAUGCGGGUGGAAGGAGUUUUCUACGUUAACGACUCCUUGGAGAAGCUGAUGUUUGAGGAGCUACGUAACGCCUGCAGAGGAGGAGGUGUCGGCGGAUUCCUUCCAGCCAUGAAACAGAUAGGAAAUGUAGCAGCGCUGCCCGGGAUCAUACAUAGAUCCAUUGGCCUCCCAGACGUCCACUCUGGAUACGGAUUUGCCAUUGGAAACAUGGCAGCCUUCGACAUGGAUGACCCCGAUGCUGUGGUGUCUCCAGGCGGUGUUGGUUUUGACAUAAACUGUGGCGUCCGUUUGCUGCGUACCAAUCUGGACGAGAGAGACGUCCAGCCAGUGAAGGAGCAGUUGGCCCAGUCUCUGUUCGACCACAUCCCAGUGGGAGUCGGCUCCAAAGGAGUCAUCCCAAUGGGGGCCAAGGACCUGGAGGAGGCUCUGGAGAUGGGGGUGGACUGGUCUCUGCGGGAGGGCUACGCCUGGGCUGAGGAUAAGGAGCACUGUGAGGAGUAUGGCAGGAUGCUACAGGCCGACCCCAACAAAGUGUCCUCCAAGGCCAAGAAGAGAGGCCUGCCACAGCUGGGGACUCUGGGAGCAGGAAACCACUACGCUGAGAUCCAGGUGGUGGAUGAGAUCUACAAUGACUAUGCCGCUAAAAAGAUGGGCAUCGACCACAAAGGUCAGGUGUGUGUCAUGAUCCACAGCGGGAGCAGAGGCCUCGGACACCAGGUCGCCACAGAUGCUCUUGUUGCCAUGGAGAAGGCCAUGAAGAGGGAUAAAAUCACAGUAAACGAUCGGCAGCUGGCCUGCGCUCGCAUCACAUCACAGGAAGGGCAGGACUACCUGAAAGGCAUGGCUGCUGCAGGAAACUACGCCUGGGUCAACCGCUCGUCCAUGACCUUCCUCACCCGACAGGCGUUCUCCAAAGUAUUUGGUACAACGCCAGACGACCUGGACAUGCACGUUAUCUAUGACGUCUCCCACAACAUCGCCAAAGUGGAGGAGCACGUGGUGGAUGGCAAACAGCGGACUUUGCUCGUUCACCGCAAAGGCUCCACCCGAGCGUUCCCGCCCCACCACCCCCUCAUCCCCGUGGACUACCAGCUCACAGGUCAGCCAGUGCUGAUCGGAGGAACGAUGGGAACCUGCAGCUACGUCCUCACUGGGACCGAACAAGGAAUGACGGAAACAUUCGGCACCACCUGUCACGGAGCGGGCCGAGCUCUGUCUCGAGCAAAGUCCCGCAGGAAUUUGGACUUUCAGGACGUCCUGGACAAACUGGCUGACAUGGGAAUUGCCAUCAGAGUGGCUUCGCCCAAACUGGUCAUGGAGGAGGCUCCUGAAUCGUACAAGAAUGUGACAGAUGUCGUUAACACGUGUCACGAUGCUGGAAUCAGUAAGAAAGCCAUUAAACUGAGGCCGAUCGCUGUGAUUAAAGGCUGAAGCUGCACCACUCCACAUGUAACGACACUUUACUGGCUGUUUAAACAGUCAUGAACUGGAAACGUUUUGCUCACAACUUUACUUUAACGAAAUGCACUUGUGUUGAAGAGCAUGAAGGAGAUGUCUGGCCUUAAAAUGCAUAAAGUCAUUGAUGCCAAAUAUCUGAUUCAAAUAAAGAAUCGAAAAGCUCAA